AUGUCUUCUAUGACAUUCAGCCAGAAGAAGUUUACACCAACGGCCCCGGACAAAGGAAGUUUCCCACUGGAUCACGAAGGCUUGUGCAAGAAAUCCAUGCUCAAAUACAUGAACUGUCUCCACGAGAAUACAGACUCCAACUCUGAAUGCAGAUCCUUUGCCAGAGACUAUCUGGAGUGUCGCAUGAAGAAUAAUUUGAUGGCCAGAGAGGAGUGGAGUAAGCUUGGAUUUGAAGAUCAAGAAAAAGAAACACAGAAAAUCAAUUGA